AUGCGGCUGCAGGUGCUUCGCCUCAGGCUCCCGCUCCUGGCGCUGUUGCUGCCUCUGCUGCUGCCGCGGGCACUCGCCCCGAAGCCCACUGGGCAAGAUGUGAGCCUGGGUGUGGACUGGCUGACCCGUUAUGGCUACCUGCCACCACCCCACCCCGCCCAGGCUCAGCUUCAGAGCCCUGCGAAGCUGCGGGAUGCCAUCAAGGUCAUGCAGAGGUUCGCCGGGCUGCCAGAGACCGGCAUCAUGGAUCCAGUGACAAUAGCCACCAUGCGUAAGCCCCGCUGCUCCCUGCCAGAUGUGCUAGGGGUGGCAGGGCUGGUCAGGCGCCGGCGCCGGUAUGCUCUGAGUGGCAGUAUGUGGAAGAAGCGAACCCUGACAUGGAAGGUUCGAUCCUUUCCCCAGAGCUCUCAGCUGAGCCAUGAGACUGUGCGAGCCCUCAUGAGCUAUGCCCUGACUGCCUGGGGUGUUGAGACAGACCUCAAGUUCCACGAGGUGGAUUCUUCUCACAACCAGGAACCUGACAUCCUCAUUGACUUUGCCCGAGCCUACCAUCAGGAUAGCUAUCCCUUUGACGGGCUGGGGGGCACUCUGGCCCAUGCCUUCUUCCCUGGGGAGCACCCCAUUUCUGGUGACACUCAUUUUGAUGAUGAAGAGACCUGGACUUUUGGAUCAAAAGAUGGUGAGGGUACCGACCUGUUUGCUGUGGCUGUCCAUGAGUUUGGCCAUGCCCUGGGCCUAGGCCAUUCCUCUGCACCCAACUCCAUUAUGAGGCCCUUCUACCAGGGCCCAGUGGGUGACCCUGACAAGUACCGCCUGUCCCAGGAUGACCGAGAUGGCCUGCAGCAGCUCUAUGGGAAGGCAUCUCAAACCCCGAAUGACAAGCCCACGAGGAAACCCCUGGCACCUCCUCCCCAGGCCCCAGAAAGUCCCUCAGACCCAGUCCCUGAUCGAUGUGAGGGCAAUUUUGAUGCCAUUGCUAACAUCCGCGGGGAAACCUUCUUCUUCAAAGGACCCUGGUUCUGGCGUCUCCAGCCCACAGGACAGCUGGUGUCCCCGAGGCCUGCGCGGCUGCACCGCUUCUGGGAGGGCCUGCCCACCCAGGUGAAGGUUGUCCAGGCUGCCUACUCCCGGCACCGAGAUGGUCGGAUCUUGCUCUUUAGCGGCCCCUGGUUCUGGGUGUUCCAGGACCGGCAGCUGGAGGGGGGUGAGCGGCCGCUCACAGAGCUGGGGCUGCCCCCGGGAGAGGAGGUGGAUGCAGUGUUCUCAUGGCCGCUGAACGGGAAAACCUACCUGAUCCGGGGACAGCAGUACUGGCGGUACGAUGAAGCUGCUGCGCGCCCUGACCCUGGCUACCCACGCGACCUGAGUCUCUGGGAAGGGGCGCCUUCCGCCCCUGACGAUGUCACUGUCAGCAACACAGGUGACACCUACUUCUUCAAGGGCGUCCACUACUGGCGCUUUCCCAAAGACAGCAUCAAGACCGAAUCGGACUCCCCCCAGCCCAUGGGGCCUAAGUGGCUGGACUGUCCCGUCCCCAGCUCUGGCCCUCGCUUCCCCCGACCCCCUAAAGCGACCCCGGAGUCAGGGCCCUGCAAUUGUCAGUGCGAGAUCAAUCAGGCUUCUGGGCAGUGGCCCAUGCCCCUCCUGCUGCUGCUCUUGCCCUUGCUGUCAGUGGGCGUCGCCUCCCCAUGA